AUGACUUCAACCUAUAAAAAGUUGAAUCACAUUAAAACUGAAGUGAAAGAGGAGGCAGAAGAACAGUUUGAGAGGGGUGAUAAACCUUGUAAGAAGGAGGAGGAACAUUCUCCAGAGAUCAGCACAGACACUCAGAGUGAUGUCAAAGCUGAGGAGGAGAAAGAAGGGGGCAUGAAGAUUAAAGAGGAGAAACUUCCAGAGGUCAGCACAGAUCCCGGACACACCAUUCCGAGAAACCUCAAAGCUGAGGCGGAGGAAGAAGGACAUGUGAACACAAAAGAGAAAGCUGUCCUAGAGAUCGGCAUGGAUGGAAAAUACAGAUUGCCAAACGUGGAGAAACAUCCCACUACAUUUUUCAAUGGAAAAAUCGCAGGCAAUGACGUCGGGGCCCGCGUUUCGGAAGCAAAAGGCCCCGCGCCAACCCACCAGCCGGCCUCCAGGAAAAAGCCUUUUUUGUGUUGGGAGUGCGGGAAAUGCUUCAGCCGAAGGUACGCUCUCACCGAGCACCUGAGAAGUCACACGGGGGAGAAGCCGUUUUCGUGUUCGGAAUGCGGGAAGUGUUUUUCUGUGAAAUCCAAUCUGAAUGUCCAUAGAAGGACUCACACCGAGGAUGAGACCUCUUCUUCUUCUAGUUCUGAAUGA